ACCACCACAACCAAUAAACCACUAACCGAAACCCACCCGACAUCCCUCCGUGUCAGUUUCCUCUUCAGCGAAUUCAAUCACAGAAUAGUGAGAAUACUAACUAGACAGUGGCAAAUCACGGUAAAUAAUCCCCGAUUCCGGUGGCAAAAACUGGUUCUAAUCCAACCACAAGUCCAUAGCAUAGAGACAUCAUCUUCCUUCCCCGUUAAUCUAGUUAUUCUAGUAUGCUUUAGUCUCUCUCUGCGCUUAACUUAAACUCCUUAUUAAUUUAGCGAUACUUCUCCCCUAAUUCUUUCUCUUUCACUCUCACUGAAGUCAAUCACCAACAACAAUUCCACUUUAAUUUAAUAUCCAAUAACUUCUGGUAUCUGGAUUAUACUACUGGCAUUGAGAGAAGAGUCUAGUCUCUCAUAUCAAAUCUUGGUCCAGAUCUGAGCCUCGCCGCAUCAGAUCGGAGUACAAUGGAGGAGGCGCUGGAGCUGGCGCGGGCCAAGGAUACUAAGGAGAGGAUGGUCGGAGUGGAGCGUCUUCACCAGCUUCUAGAAGCAUCGAGAAAGAGCCUUAGUUCAGCGGAGACGACGUCACUUGUCGAUUGUUGCUUGGAUCUUCUCAAGGAUAACAACUUCAGGGUCUCUCAGGGUGCUCUCCAGGCCCUUGCCUCCGCUGCCGUGCUCUCCGGUGAACACUUGAAGUUGCAUUUCAAUGCACUUGUCCCUGCUGUUGUUGAGCGCCUCGGCGAUGCUAAACAGCCCGUCAGAGACGCCGCCAGACGCCUGUUGCUUACUCUCAUGGAGGUUUCUUCUCCGACUAUCAUCGUUGAAAGAGCAGGCUCUUAUGCAUGGAUACACAAAAGUUGGAGAGUCAAAGAAGAGUUUGCUCGGACUGUCACAUCCUCAAUUGGUCUUUUUGCAUCCACCGAACUCCCUCUUCAACGGGCUAUUCUUCCACCUAUUUUGCAGAUGUUGACUGACCCAAAUCAUGGUGUUAGAGAAGCAGCUAUAGCAUGCAUUGAGGAGAUGUAUGCACAAGCUGGGCCUCAAUUUCGUGAUGAGCUUCUGCGCCAUAACCUUCCUAUGUCCAUGAUGAAAGAUAUUAAUGCCAGGCUAGAGAGAAUUGAACCACAAAUUCGAUCUUCAGAUGGACUUAAGAGUAAUUUUCCUGUUGGAGAGAUGAAGCCUGCAAGCAUAAAUUCCAAGAAAAGUAGUCCGAAGGCCAGGGGUUCCUUAAGAGACAAUUCUCUGUUUGGAGGCGAAAGUGAUGUCCCCGAAAAACCCAUUGAGCCAAUUAAAGUGUACUCAGAAAAGGAGCUCAUUAGGGAAUUUGAGAAGAUUGUUUCUACCUUGGUGCCAGAAAAAGACUGGUCUAUCCGCAUUGCCGCCAUGCAGAGAGUUGAAGCCCUUGUUGUUGGAGGUGCUGCUGACUAUCCUUGUUUUCGCGGUCUCUUGAAGCAACUUGUUGGGCCAUUCAGCACACAAUUAUCUGAUCGAAGAUCUAGCAUAGUGAAGCAGGCUUGCCAUUUAUUAUCCUAUUUAUCAAAAGAGCUCUUGGGAGAUUUUGAGGCGUGUGCUGAGAUGUUAAUUCCGGUACUUUUCAAGCUGGUCGUGAUCACAGUGCUUGUAAUUGCAGAGUCUGCAGAUAACUGCAUAAAGAUGAUGCUGCGUAACUGCAAAGUUGCUCGUGUACUUCCUCGAAUAUCAGAUUCUGCAAAGAAUGACCGUAGUGCUAUACUCCGUGCAAGGUGUUGUGAGUAUGCAUUGUUGAUAUUAGAACAUUGGCCUGAUGCUCCUGAAAUACAGCGAUCAGCUGACCUAUAUGAAGAUCUAAUAAGGUGUUGCGUAGCAGAUGCAAUGAGUGAGGUUCGUUCAACUGCGAGAACGUGUUACAGAAUGUUUGUGAAAACUUGGCCGGAGCGUUCCCGUCGUUUAUUUUCUUCCUUUGAUCCUGCUAUUCAAAGGGUUAUAAAUGAAGAGGAUGGGGGCAUGCACAGGCGAUACGCUUCUCCUUCUCUCCGUGAUAGAAGUUCACAUACACCAUUUACUACUCAAACAUCUAAUCCAAAUUUACCUGGGUAUGGAACUUCUGCUAUAGUUGCCAUGGACAGAAGUUCGACUUUAUCCUCCAGUGCAUCACUUUCCUCUGGUCUGCUUCUUUCACAUGCAAAGUCCUUGGGUAAAGGAACAGAACGUAGUCUGGAAAGUGUGCUUCAUUCAAGCAAACAGAAGGUGACUGCAAUUGAAAGCAUGCUUAGAGGAUUGGAACUCUCAGAGAAACACAACUCCUCAACUCUCAGAUCAUCUAGCUUGGAUCUAGGAGUUGACACUCCAUCAUCUCGUGAUCCGCCAUUCCCUCCUGCUGUUCCAGCUUCAAAUAGCCUCAUGAAUUCAUUAACCUUGGAAUCAACAGCCUCUGGUAUCAGUAAAAGUGGACGCAAGAGUGGAUUGAUAUUGUCUGAUAUCAUUACCCAGAUUCAAGCUUCCAAAGAUUCUGGCAAGCUAUCAUAUCACAGUAAUCUGGUAGCUGAAUCUUUGCCAACACUGUCAUCAUUUUCGGCUAAGAGGGCUUAUGAAAGGCUGCAAGAAAGACAUUCAAUUGAAGAGAACAAUGAAACUAGGGAGGCUAGGCGACAUAUGAACCCUCACAUGGACAGGCAAUACGUUGAUACACCUUACAGAGAUGCAAACUUUAGGGAAUCACAGAACUGUCACAUACCUAAUUUUCAGAGGCCACUUUUGAGAAAGAACGUCACUGGAAGAAUGUCUUCCGGCAGGAGAAAGAGUUUUGAUGAUAGUCAACUUGGAGAGAUUUCAAACUAUGUAGAAGGUCCAGCAUCUUUAAAUGAUGCUUUAGGUGAGGGAUUAAGUCCAAGUUCUGAUUGGUGUGCUAGGGUUGCUGCUUUUAAUUAUCUCCGGUCUUUGCUACAGCAAGGGCCAAAAGGAAUUCAAGAAGUGAUCCAACAUUUUGAGAAGGUAAUGAAGUUGUUUUUCCAGCAUUUGGAUGAUCCCCACCAUAAAGUUGCACAGGCAGCUCUCUCGACCCUUGCAGAUAUUAUUCCAACUUGCCGGAAGCCAUUUGAGAGCUACAUGGAAAGGAUCUUACCUCAUGUUUUCUCAAGGUUGAUUGACCCGAAAGAGUUGGUUAGGCAACCUUGCUCAACAACUUUGGAAAUUGUUAGCAAGACUUACAGCAUUGAUUCUCUUCUACCUGCAUUGCUCCGUUCCCUUGAUGAACAGCGGUCACCGAAGGCCAAAUUGGCUGUCAUUGAGUUUGCUAUUAGUUCGUUUAACAAGCAUGCAAGGAAUUCUGAUGGUGCCAGUAAUAUUGGCAUCUUGAAGUUGUGGCUUGCUAAGCUGACACCAUUAGUUCAUGAUAAGAACACCAAGCUUAAGGAAGCAGCUAUUAACUGCAUUGUAUCUGUCUACUCCCACUUUGAUUCAACAGCUGUCCUCAAUUUCAUUCUUAGUUUAUCGGUUGAAGAACAAAACUCUUUGAGACGAGCACUUAAACAGUAUACCCCUCGUAUUGAAGUGGACCUAAUGAACUUUUUGCAAAACAAGAAAGAGCGACAUCCCAAGUCCUCUUAUGACCCAUCUGAUGUUGGUGAGACACCUUCUGAGGAAGGAGGAUAUGCUGGUGCAUCAAAAAAGAGUUAUUACUUUGGAAGGUAUCCUGCUAGUUCGAUUGAUAGUGAUAGUGGUCGGAAAUGGUCUUCUAUACAAGAAUCAACCUUAGUCACUGGCAGUAUCGGCUAUGUAACUUCUGAAGAACCGAAGGAGAAUAUUUUUCUGAAUUUUGAUACUUCUACCCUGGAUGUUCAUAAUUUAACAAAUAAGGAUGUACCUUAUGCAGUCCAUCCCACUACCCAAAACAUAUCUCAUACUGACCGUCUGGAAAAUGUAAAUAAUAUUUUAAACCUGGAAGGUUUAUCUGCUCCACCUGUGGACAUGAAUGGUCAAAUAAAUUAUGGAAUCUUGGGGGUAGCUGAAGGCUUUGGGCAUGAAAAUGGUGCUUCCCCUGACUUGGACCAUAAUCAUAAACCUGCAUCAGUGAAGAUUAGCCCCAUGCAAUACACAGGUCCUAGCAUUCCUCAAAUUCUUCACAUGAUUUGCAAUAGCGAUGAUGAUGCAAGUAAGCGUGGUUCUAUACAGCAACUAACUGAGGUUUCUGUUGCUAACGAUUACUCUACUUGGUCCAAGUACUUCAAUCAGAUUUUAACAGUUGUACUUGAGGUUUUGGAUGAUUCUGACUCGUUCAUUCGGGAGCUUGCUCUCUCGUUGAUUAUUGAAAUGCUUAAAAACCAGAAGGAUGCCAUGGAAGAUUCUGUCGAAAUUGUGAUCGAAAAGUUGCUUCAUGUUACCAAAGAUAUUGUUCCCAAAGUCUCUAAUGAAGCUGAGCACUGCCUGACCAUUGUUUUAUCACAGUAUCAGUAUGAUCCAGUCAGAUGUUUGAGUGUUAUUGUUCCUUUGUUGGUUACUGAAGACGAGAAAACUCUUGUGACCUGCAUAAGCUGUUUGACGAAGCUUGUGGCUCGGCUCUCACAAGAAGAAUUGAUGACUCAAUUGCCAUCUUUCUUGCCUGCCCUUUUUGAAGCCUUUGGAAACCAGAGUGCAGAUGUUCGCAAGACUGUUGUUUUUUGUCUGGUGGAUAUUUAUAUAAUGCUCGGGAAGGCCUUUUUGCCAUACUUAGAGGAUCUCAACAGCACACAGUUGCGGUUGGUUACCAUAUAUGCUAAUCGAAUCUCACAGGCCAGGACAGGCACACCGAUUUACACCGGCCAUGGUUAGCUACUGUAGGGAUUUUGCAAAGUUUCCAGGUUGAAGUACAAUGGCAGAUUUCAUUAACACUUGUGAGGGAAUUAUUUUUGGUCUUUGGGGCAUGAUGGCAAACAACUUCUCUGCUGCUUCUUUGGUAGACCCAUGUUGUUGGACAAUAGCUGAAUUGAAGUUGGCGUAAUGUAACUUUUAAUCACCGGAAAAUAUGACAUUAUAAGUUUACACUUCAAUUUUAAUGAGUAGAUAAAAUUGCAUUUUAGUA